UCUCUUAGUUGGAAGUCUAUAUUUAAAGCAGACUCUGAUCAUCAGCUUCUGAACUUGCACAGAUUUGAUAUUUGUUUGGCAGAGAACAGAAUCGGCCAUCAUGUCAACAAAGCCACAAAAGAUGCCCAAAGUGGCAAAGGUGAAAGACAAGUCACCAGCAGAGAUGCAAAUAACUGCUGAGCAGCUUCUUCGAGAGGCCAAGGAACGAGAGUUGGAGAUUGUGCCUGCACCUCCAAGACAGAAAAUUGCAGACCCUGAGGAACUGCAGGAAUAUCGACUAAAGAAAAGGCGUGCAUUUGAAGACAACAUCCGCAAGAACCGCGGCAAUGUCUCCAACUGGCUCAAGUACUCCAAAUGGGAAGAGGAACAAGGAGAAAUACGAAGAGCUCGGUCAGUUUAUGAGCGCGCGCUUGACGUUGAGCAUCGCAACAUCACGCUGUGGCUCAAGUAUGCUGAGAUGGAGAUGCGCUGCAAGCAG